UAACAGGGAAAAGGCGCUCAAUAAAAUCGUAAACACAUGCGCUAUCGAACUUCGAGAGCACGUCGACGAAAUUAAGAUGAUCACUUAAAUGAUUUGCGCACUUACGUUUUCGCUGCCAUCUUAUUUAGCCGAGUUAGGUUUACUAACUGUAUCUGUCUCUUUCUAUUACAUUAAAUUAGCUAUCGUUGUCUCUUUUCAAAAAGGCACACAUGAAAAAAUUAAUGGCUGUCGUACUUUGACAUUUCGAUACAAUAUUUCUUCGAUUUUUCAAUUUUUUUGGACUUUAUUACAAUUUUAUGAAUAAAAUGUGAAAGUAAAAUGUAGUUUAGCUCGAAUAAUAACUAAUUUAACAUUUCCCGGUUCUCUGUGUGUCGCCAAACCAAAAAUAAAAUGAGUUUUCUCUAGAAACUAGUCGAUAGAAAAAUCGCCCUAAAUUUAGUUCAUUUGUUUUUCUCUAAUAAAUCAAAGUUUAAUAUUUAACAAUUGUUUUAAUUACUUAUUAUGACUAAUUAGUGCUAAAGUGAUGUUAAAUAAACAAGUUAAGUGUAACCAGUGAUUUGCAUAGUGAAAAUUAACUUGGCAAAAUUAAACGUAAAAUGUGUAAAUAUUUUGAUAUUUCUUCUAUCUAAUUAAAUAUUAGGGGAUUGAUUUGAAUAAUCAUAAGAAUAAACAAUAAAACAAUGCUAUUGUACAGUGAUAUCAAAAUUAUCGCUAUGGAUGUAUUAAGAUAAAUUACGUUUGGAUUUUUUCGUGUAUGAUUUUGGAGUGAUUUUAAAACUAAAAUGGUUACAAUGAACUCAUCGGAGAAGGCUGCGCAGAAAGCCUGUCAGCAGGGACCGUCCAGGGAGAACACAAAAUGUGUAAAAGAUGAGAAAGAAAAAGAUAAAGAUAAAGAGAAGGAGAAGGAUAAAAAAGAUAUGAUAGCGAACCUCCCGCCCAGCGUGCAGGCUCUGAUGUCCACUAUACCUUCGCCGGAGGAGUCCCCUAACUAUUUAGUGUAUAAAAAGAUGGAAGCAAUAAUAGAGAAGAUGCAAGACGAGAGCACUGGAGUACCAGUUAGGACUGUGAAGAGCUUCAUGACCAAGAUACCUUCAGUGUUCACCGGAGCUGACCUGGUGGCGUGGCUCAACCGGCACCUCAGCCUGGAGGAGGCGUGGGAGCCGCUACACCUGGGACACCUGCUGGCGGCGCACGGCUACCUGUUCCCAAUCGACGACCACUGCCUCACCGUCAAGAACGACAACACCUACUACAGAUUCCAAACACCAUAUUUCUGGCCGUCCAAUCAAUGGGAACCAGAGAAUACAGACUAUGCUGUGUACCUCUGCAAACGUACAAUGCAGAACAAGGCUCGGCUAGAACUAGCCGACUAUGAGGCCGAAUCUCUAGCCCGGCUACAGAAGAUGUUCAGCAGGAAGUGGGAGUUCAUAUUCAUGCAGGCCGAGGCACAGAGCAAGGUGGAUAAAAAACGCGACAAGUUGGAAAGGAAGGUGCUGGACAGCCAGGAGAGAGCCUUCUGGGACGUGCACCGACCCAUGCCGGGCUGUGUCAACACCACCGAGGUGGACCCCAAGAAGUUGUCCAGGAUCAAUGCGCUGAAGGCCAAAAGACUCAAGCAGUGCCAGGAGCUGAUACUGCAGCAUAACUUGAAGAACAACCCGAUAGUGACCAUAACAAACGCACAAGAGAGCGAAGAAGCGAUACAGAAGAAUGCGGAGAGCAGCCUCAAAGAGAGCACUAUCAAAGAGAACGGUGAAACCUCUCAAGAGUCACCGGACGCGGACAGAGAGAGGACCAUGGAACUGCAAAUAGAAGCGGCCAAGAGACAGCUGUGCAUACUGAAGACUAGACUCGAACGUAGGAACGUGCGUGUCAGCAAAGUUGCUGAGAUGUUCAUAUCGUACUGCGAGCAGUACGCCGAGUACGACGCGCUGCUGACGCCGCCGGAAUGGCCCAACCCCUGGAUCACCGACGCCACGGACCUGUGGGACCAGGAGAAGCAGGGCAAGGAGCCGCUGCCGCUGCGUCGCGUGCGGCGCUGGUCGUUCGGUCUGCGCGAGCUGCUGCGCGACCCACCGGGCCGGGAGCACUUCGACAAGUUCCUCAGCAAGGAGUUCAGCGGGGAGAAUCUCAAGUUCUGGGUGGCGGUGCAGGAGUUGAAGGCGCUGCCCAUACGGCGCGUGGCUGCUCGCUCCAAGGAGAUCUGGAAGGAGUUCCUGGCCGCUGAUGCACCUUCUCCAGUCAACAUCGACGCUGCCAGCAGAGAGUUGACUCGAGUGAAGGUCGAAUCUGGGACAGCUGACAGAUAUUGUUUCGACCAAGCGCAGGCGCACGUGUACCACUUGAUGAAGUCCGACAGCUACUCGAGAUAUCUGCGCUCCGAGAUGUAUAAGGACUACUUGAACGGAUCCAAAAAGAAGACUUCCGUCAAAGGAAUCCGGUCUAUAGUCUCUUUCACUGGCAGAAAAGAGACCUCCACUAACUAAUAAACACAUAUUUAUAUAUAUAUGGAAUUAUCUACACUCUCUUUAGUUUAAUAUAUAGAAAAUAUGGAAAAAAGAUCUCUAUCCAAAAAGUGAGCUAUGUCGUGAAAUUUGUAAUUUUUUUUCAACUUUUAAAGUUGUAUUAUGGUUGAAAAAAAACCCAAAAAAUUAAAAUCGUUGGAACCUGAAACACCAGGCAAAAAAACAAGUUGUUUUUGAAAAUAAAAAAUCUCUAACAUAAUAAAAUUAUAUAACACAUAUUUUGAAGAUAUUAUGACUAAGUUUUGAGAUGAGAAAUGUGUUAGAAUAUUUUUAACAUGAUUUUGAUUAAAAUCUAUAUUUUAAAUACAUACAUUACAUAAUAAUUUUAAACAAUUUCACACAAUUCAAUACAACUUAUGGUGAUGAUGAUUAGGUAGUAUUGGAUUGUGUUGAAAGUUGUUUUUUUUAAUAUAUUAAGUAAGAAAAAAAUGUUUUAUAAAUGUUUUUUUUUAUUGUUAAAAAAACUUUUUCUCUAUGUAAAUGUCUGUUAGGAAAAAUAUAUAGGUAUAAUCAUUAUGUUAAACUUAUUUUUAGCUAAGCUUGAAAGAAGUUGUGAAUUAUAAAAAAAAUAGGUUUUUUGGCUUUGAGAAAAUGUGCAUUAUAAAAAAAAUCGGAUAUGUUUUAUUUUGACGUGAAGGCAAAUAUGGUUUUUGUAAAAGAAAUGUAACAUUUAGGUUAUUAGAUGUUUUUCCAGUCAAUUUUAAGAUAAUUAAAAUUGAAAUAACAAAUAUGCAUAUAUUUUAAGGAAUUAAAAAAAAAUAUUUUUAAAUAUUUGGUUAAAAUUUUUAAUGCAAAAUUUUUUUUAUUAAAUUAAAAUAUAUUUUAAGUAUGUCCUCACUUGACUGCCAAAAUAGGUUAUUUUUUAAACUCGUAUCUUGUUUUUUUUUUAAAUUACAAAUCUCUUAAAAUAUUGCAUAUGGCAACAUUUUCCUAUUUAUUUAAUUUUUCGUAGUCAUAUUGACUGUAAUGGAUUAGGCAAAAAAAAAAUGUUGAACAUUUAGGUGAUAGUUAUAAAAAAAAUUAAAUAACAGUAUUAUUUAAAUACUGUUGCGUAGUCAAUAAAGUUUCUAAUAAGAUAAGAUAUUUCUUUACUAUGAAAAAAAAAACUAUAUCUUUUUAAAAAUAUUUUCUUAGUUAUAUAAUAAUCAAUUGAGGGCUUGUAUUAGCUAGAUCUACGUUAUUUUAUAAAAGUUGAAAAUAAAAUAUAUAAAUUAAAACUAAGAAUUACACAGUACAUUAAAUUUAAAUUUAUUAUGAAUAAAAUAAUUAUAACAAAUACACUCCAUCUAAUUGUUCACCCAUUUUUAAUUUAUAUAUUUUAUUUGUCAUUCUAUUGUAGUCAGUAACUUUUUUGUGAUUAAAGUUGAAAGUUAUAGUUUCGCAAAUUCGUUGAUAACACUCCCAUGAUAUGCGGGCGACGGGGGGAACGACUGCGUGGGUAUGAAAUCGUACGUGCGGGGAAGUGAGGUGCAUCAGUGGUGGGUUUUUCAUUUAUCGCUACACGCCCCCCGGCACGCGCGGACCAUCGGGAAUGUUACGAAAAAGGUUGCCAUUUUAUAAAAGCUGAAAGUUAUAGUUUUGCAAAUUCGUUGAUAACACUCCCAUGAUAUGCGGGCGACGGGGGGAACGACUGCGUGGGUAUGAAAUCGUGCGUGCGGGGAAGUGACGUGCAUCAGUCGUGGGGUUUUCAUUCAUCGCUACACGCCCCCCGGCCUGCGCGGACCAUCGGGAAUGUUACGAAAAAGGUUGCCAUUUUAUAAAAGCUGAAAGUUAUAGUUUUGCAAAUUCGUUGAUAACACUCCCAUGAUAUGCGGGCGACGGGGGGAACGACUGCGUGGGUAUGAAAUCGUGCGUGCGGGGAAGUGACGUGCAUCAGUCGUGGGGUUUUCAUUCAUCGCUACUCGCCCCCCGGCUCGCGCGGACCAUCGGGAAUGUUACGAAAAAGGUUGCCAUUUUAUAAAAGCUGAAAGUUAUAGUUUUGCAAAUUCGUUGAUAACACUCCCAUGAUAUGCGGGCGACGGGGGGAAAGACUGCGUGGGGUUUUCAUUCAUCGCUACACGCCCCUCGGCACGCGCGGACCAUCGGGAAUGUUACGAAAAAAGUUGCCAAGCUAUAGUUACCUACCGUACUUUUACUAUGAUAAGACCCAAGGGCUGAUAAAAUUUCAGUUUUCAUAAAAAGAAGAAGAUCUAGCCGUUGCAGGUUCUCAAUUCAUAAGUCUUAGGCUAACUCCAUAAUUUACGUGGUAUGACUGUAAUAACCAAAUGUCGUAUAGAUAAGUAAUUUUUUGUAAUUUUGUUUUUCUACCUUCAGAAUGUUAUGUAAAUCUCGAGAGAAAUCGCACAAUACUUAAAUGACGUCACUCGCACUUUUAUUACUGGAAUAUAUUUUUAUUACGUGUAUAGUAUGGUCUGGUGGUAUUCGGUCGUGGCUAGUUCCUACCGUACCGAUAGAGACGUGCGGUUUAGCGUUCCGAUACGAAGUCGCGUAGAAAACCUUAAGGCCUGUGCACACCACGUUUUUUAAACGCGCCGUUGACGCGUGUUUUAGAAACGUUGCGUCGGUGGCGCACUUCCUACAGAGCAGUUUGUUGUCGUUGUAUCGGUUCACACGCGCGUUAACAUCGCGUUUAUAUCGACGUAAAAACGGUACAUCGCUGUACCGAAUCAAAUGUGUGGAGUGUACUAAUCCAAGGUAUUUUUGUGUCGUAACUGCAUCGCGACCGUAUCGCGUUUGCAUCGUGACUGAAUUUGUUUCCGUGGGUGAGGGGCCUACAGGCUGCAUCUCACACGCGUGCGUAUCGCCACUGUAUCGAAAGAAAAGAAAGAAAGAAAAAACGUUUAUUUAAAAUUGUGUCACAAACCACAAUGCCGAAGCACCGAUGCAAAUGCCUCAACCUCCUGAGCAAGGCAAGACCAAAACUCAAGUAGUAAAAGCACCAAAUACUGUCAUGUUUGGCACAACCUUGAAAAAGUUAUCAGCUCAGCAUAGUGCUGCAUGAUCCAACCAAUCGCUGGAGCAUACAGCACUGAUUUUUAGCUGAUAUCCUCAUCCUGGUGACACCACGGACAUACAUAGCCACGCAGCGACAUAAAACUAUUAUAAAUUUAACUUAAAACAAACUAAAAUUAAUAAAUGUUAAAAAAAAAAUAGAACUAAAGUAAAAAAAAAAUAAAAGUAUUUUACCAAAUCUUAGAAACAAUAACAAUUUCAUAAUCUAUACUAAUAUUAUAAAGCUGAAGAGUUUGUUUGAUUGAACGCGCUAAUCUCAGGAACUACUGGUCCGAUUUGAAAAAAAUUUUCGGGUUGAGAUAGCCCAUUUAUCGAGGAAGGCUAUAGGCUAUAUAUUAUCCCAGAUUUCCUACGGGAACGGGAACCACGCGGGUAAAAUCGCGCGGCGUCAGCUAGUAUUUAGAUACAUUAAACAACAUUUUAUAUGAUUAUCGCUAUAAACGGGCGUCGACAGCGCGUUUAAAAAGCGUGGUGUGCAUAGGCCCUUAUACUGCAUUGUCACUUAACACCAGCUGAGAAUGCAGUCAAAGGCUAACUUAUCAAGUGUGACGAACAAAUUAAAUUAUAUUCACACUAUAUUUUUUGUGUAGUCUGUGUAAAUGCCAAAGUUUUUACUCUUUUUUUUUGCUAAUAAUUUAUAAGACUGUCAGAUAAACUGCCUGAUUUAAAUCUCCAAAUCUCUAGUGACCAAUCUCGAGUUGAGAUUGACCCUUUGGCCGACAUUCGGUAGAGUCAUUGAAUGCUAUUCGGAAUUGAUUAUAAAACUGUAUAUGUUAUAAUAUAAAAUAUAAAUAAUAUUUCUUUCUCAUUGUGGGGAAAGACAUCUGUAUUUGGUUUUUUUUUACACAUAAAUAUUUUUAAAGUAACCUAGUCUAGACACUCUUCCAUAUUAGUUUUUAGUUUAUUUUUAACGUUUUUUUGCGUACAUAUUUCAUACAAUAUUGUGUAUAAGAAUGAGAUACUCUCAGGUUUAAAAGAGCUAGAAGCUAAAGCCAGUUAAAAAAAAAGAAUUCCGAGAUUCUGUUGUGUCAAAUUAAUAUGAACCUUAAGUACUAUGAUUUAAAGGCGGAUAUCUUAUACUCCUGUUUGUUAUCUUUACUGUUUCAAAAGACUCUUUAUUUCUACAUUUAAAAUUUCGAAUUCAUGUGUCGAUCUAUUUUCAAAGUAAAAUGGUACUUAUGGCUCUGGUUUUAAAGCUCCAUUUCGUAAUAUGUAUAUAUUGUAUAUACCACUUUAAACUUAAACAACCCUAUGGAAUUUAAUACUUUAAAGUAAGGUACAUUAGGUUCAUUAUCCUCUGACAUUAAUUAGACCUUUUAGAAAUUUCUUAGGGCUAAAUGUUUAAAUGAAAUGAUCUGUUAAAAUGAAAUGGUUGCAUGCGAUCUGUAGCUGAUAUUACUGCGUCUGGAGCUGAUGUAUUGAGCUGAGAACUAGCGGACCCACGCUGGUGACCACCACGUGUGCGGGUGGGUUUCUUCUCUUAAGAAGCACUUCAAUCACUGGCACUGAUCAGUAUCACACGAGUGCGUACGUUCUUUGUGGAAUAGGUAUAUGAUACGAAACAUAUUAAAAUAUUAGAAUAUUACAAUCAAUCAAUCAAUCAAUCAAUCAAUUUAUUUCUUUGCAGAUACAUGCAUUAUUUAUACAGGUGGUCGGUAGAUGUAGAUGGUAAAUGUAUCUUGCCAAUUAGGCAUGCAAAAUAUUUAUUAAGUAUUUAAUGAUUCAAAUGACAAUUUCACCAUUUAAAAUUUACAUCUUUACAAUUAAAAUAUGUAUGAAAAUAACAAGGUAAAAUACAAGGUCGCGCGCGCCGGCCGGGCGGAGACGCAGUUCGUUCCGUAAUGAAAAAUGGCGUCUACUCGUGUUUUGUUUCGUGGCAUCGUGCGUGUUUUUUAUUGGUUGGCGCGCGCGGUCAGGCGAUCACGGCACGCUCAGCGGGAAUACGGUACAUCGCUGUAUCGUAUUCGAACGCGUUUGAAUUUAUACAGGCUAAGAUCUACAGGUUGCAUCUGACUCGCGUACGUAUUGCGAUCGCUACAAACGCGCGUCGACAGCGCGUUUAAAAAGCGUGGUGUGCAUAGGCCCUUAUACUGCAUCGUCACUUAACAUCAGCUGAGAAUGCAGUCAAGGGCUAACUUGUCAAGUGUGACGAACAAAUUUAAAUUAUAUUCACACUAUAUUUUUUGUGUAGUCUGUGUAAAUGCCAAAGUUUUUACUCUUUUUUUUUUUGCUAAUAAUUUAUAAGACUGUCAGAUAUACUGCCUGAUUUAAAUCUCCAAAUCUCUAGUGACCAAUCUCAAAAGAGUUGAGAUUGACCCUUUGGCCGACAUUCGGUAGAGUCAUUGAAUGCUAUUCGGAAUUGAUUGUAAAACUGUAUAUGUUAUAAUAUAAAAUAUAAAUAAUAUUUCUUUAUCAUUAUGAGUCAAGACAUCUGUAUUUGGUUUUUUAUACAUAAAUAUUUUUAAAGUAACCUAGUCUAAACACUCUUCCAUAUUAGUUUUUAGUUUAUUUUUAACGUUUUUUUUUUGCGUGCAUAGUUCAUACAAUAUUGUGUCUAAGAUUGAGAUACUCUCAGGUUUAAAAGAGCUAGAAGCUAAAGCCAGUUAAAAAAAAGAACUGCGAGUUUCUGUUGUCAAAUGAAAAUGAACCUUAACUACUAUGAUUUUAAGGCGGAUAUCUUAUACUACUGUUUGUUAUCGUUACUGUAUCAAAAUAGUUUUUAUUCUACAUUUAAAUUUCGAAUUCAUGUGUCGAUCUAUUUUCAAAGUAAAAUGGUACUUAUGGCUCUGGUUUUAAAGCUCCAAUUUCGUAACAUGUAUACAUUGUAUAUAUCACUUUAAACCUAAAAAAAAAUAUGGAAUUUAAUACCUUAAUGUAAGGUAGAUUAAGUUCAUUAUCCUCUGACUCUAAUUAGAUCUUUUAGGAAUACUUUAGGGCUAAUUGUUUUACAGAAACGAUCUGUUUAUAUGUUAAAGGAUAAAGAACUUUAUUGUCUUUGUUUGAAAUUCGAAUUUUCCAUGUACUUUUUAUUUCACAGAUAUUCCACUAGACAUAAAUUUCACAGACGAAUUGGAGCUUUAUCACUAUGUGAAUUAGAUUGAUUUUAGUUUGGAUGUUAUGAUGUGACCUACUAGGUUUUGACGCAUUUUUGCAAUCUCAAAAUAGUUUCUCCAAAAUGGAUCUCUAAUAAAAACCUAAACCAAAAAAUUCACAGACUGUUUUUUAAAUUGUGUGUGUGGUGUUUUUAUAAAAUAAAUAAACUGCUUGUCUUAUUGAAAUUUGUUGGGCCAUGUCCGACAAGUUUCGAUCUAUGCCGGAGUCGUUAAUUAUAAACCUGUUCGCAUAGUUCGCUUUAAGGCAAACUUAUUUUAAGGUCGGUAUAUGCCCGUCAAAGUAUGUCGGGCAUUUACCGACAAAUCAUAAUAUAAUGACUCUGAUGAGCUGAUCCGUUUAUUUAUUUUAUUAUUACGGAAACUACACGAUAGUUUAAAUAUUUUUUUUUUCUAUUUUUACUGAUUUUUCGAAAUAUUUUUUUAAAUUGUAUUUAUCUAUAGUGGUUAGGAUAAUUAAAGAAUAAGUUCUAAAAAUGUUCAGCUAUGUUUAAUUAGACGCGAUAGCCUUAAGGAUGUGACCUCUGUCUUCGAUAAGGAGGGUGUGGGUUCGAAUCCGGUCCGGGGCAUGCACCUCCACUUUUCAGUUAUGUGCUUUUUCAGAAAUUAUAUACUCAGAGGCACAAUUAUCCGCCCACUUUAAUAUAAUCGCCUCAUAUUAAAGUGGGCGAAUAAUUGUGCCUCUGAGUAUAUAUCACGUGUCUCAAACGAUAAAGGAUAAACAUCGUCCUAAUGUAAUUAGUCAGAGUAAAUUACGGACCCCUAUCAAUCGUAAGGCUCUUCACACUAGCCUCAAUUGCGCAAUGUAAAAGAGGGCAUUUAAAAAAUCAAAACUACUUUUUUUUUAUUCUUUAAAAGUUAACCCUUGACUACAAUUUCACCUGAUGGUAAGUGAUGAUGAAAUCUAAGAUGGAAGCGGGCUAACUUGUUAAGAGGAGGAUGAAAAUCCACACCCCUUUCGGUUUCUACACGACAUCGUACCGGAACGCUAAAUCGCUACGUCUUUGUCGGUAGGGUGGUAGCUAGCCACGGUCGAUGCCUCCCACCAGCCAGAAAACCUCAAUCGGUCCAGCCGGGGAUCGAACCCAGGACCUCAGUCAUGUAAAUCCACCGCGCAUACCACUGCGCCACGAAGGCCGUCAAAGAUAGGUGUAUCACACUAAUAUUAUAAAGGCGAAAGUUUGUGUGUGUGUAUGUUUGUUCCUCCUUUACGUGGCGGCUACUGAAGCGAUUUGGCUGAAAUUUGGAAUGGUAAUAGAUUUCACUCUGGACUUUUCAUCCUGGAAAAAUCCAUGGUUCCCGUGGGAUUUGUAAAAAACUGAAUUCCACGCGGACGCAUAAUUAAUAAUUUGUCUUCAUAGUUGAACAUUUCUAGAUAUAAUAAGAUUUUGACUAUUAACUAGAUCUAACAUUAUAGUACUAAAUUGAUAUGCAUUUAGUAUAAUUAAUGAUGCCAGUAAUGAGUACCACAUUGUAGCACGGGUGAUUAUUGGGCAAUGAGACGAAUCCGAGUGCUACAAUGACUAAUUACGUGCAGUGGCAUACAAUACUUUUUCAACGACCAUCAUAAAAGAAAUAAAAUAUAAUAUAUAUGGCGUUGGGCAUGACCUCCUCGAUUCUGUCUCGGCAUGGUCUCCUAGAUUUUUCUUAAAAUUAAGCCUGAAUUUUGAACUAUUUAAAAUUCAAAAAAAAAAAAUUGUAGCACGGUUUACGGUGUAGUAAUGAACAUAACCAAACAAACUGAAGGAAUGAAAAGUUUUGUGAUGUGGUUUAAGGUUUUAUAUUGUGUAAAAUACGAAAUGGUAGUAAAAAAAAAGUUUAUUAUGCCACUGUCAUGUAAUGGCUAAUUACGUGUAGUGGCAUACAAUUUUUUUUUCUACGACCACUAAUGAGUAAAACAAAAAUCAGUAUUGAACACUAAUCACCCCCUGAUAGUUAUUUUGGAAAUAUAUUUCAUGUACAGAAUUGACCUCUCUACAGAUUUAUUAUAAUUAUAAGUAUAGAUAAUUUGCUAAAUUUGAAGCCAUUCGCAUGUCAAUUUGUACUAUAAUGUUCGGUCAAAUAAUUGUAAUAACUAUGUAUCUAUACUAAUAUUAUAAAGCUGAAGAGUUUGUUUGUUUGUUUGUUUGUUUAAUUGAACGCGCUAAUCUCAGGAACUACUGGUCCGAUUUCAAAAAUUAUUUCUAUAUUAUCAUAUUCAUUUAUCGAAGAAGGCUCGUCAUCAACCCAUAUUCGGCUCACUGCUGAGCUCGAGUCUCCUCUCAGAAUGAGAGGGGUUAGGCCAAUAGUCCACCACGCUGGCCCAAUGCGGAUUGGCAGACUUCACACACGCAGAGAAUUAAGAAAAUUCUCAGGUAUGCAGGUUUCCUCACGAUGUUUUCCUUAACCGAUUGAGACACGUGAUAUUUAAUUUCUUAAAAUGCACACAACUGAAAAGUUGGAGGUGCAUGCCCCAGACAGGAUUCGAACCCACACCCUCCGGAAUCGGAGGCAGAGGUCAUAUCCACUGGGCUAUCACUGCUCGAAGAAGGCUAUAGGCUAUAUAUUAUUCCCGCAUUCAUACGGGGACGGGAACCACGCGGGUAACACCGCGCCCCGUCAGCUAGUUAGUAAUAAAAUACAUCAUCCUGUAUACUGUAUAUUACAUUUAUAAAUAAGUAUAUAACAUAUAAUAAAUAUUUAUUAUCAAUAUAAGUUUUCUUCUAAACUACACUUCAACUAAAACUAAAUUAAGUUUUUUUUUUUUAAUAAAUAUACUUAAACAAUACACAUCACUAUCUAGCCCCAAAGUAAGCAUACAGAGUAGCUUGUGUUAUGGGUGCUAAGAUAGUUGAUAUUAUAAUAUUCAUAUACAAUUAUAUACUACAUAUAAAUACUUAUAUAUAAUGUAUAAAUACACACAGACACUGGAAAACACCCGUGCUUAUCGCACAAAUAUUUUCCAGUUGUGGGAAUCGAACCCACGGCCGUGGAUGCAGAAAGCAGGGUCACUACCUACUGCGCCACGCGGCCGUCAAGUUAUAAUAUAUAUAAAUAAAUAUGUUAUAUUAUAUCUAUAUUGUAUAGAAAAUAUAGAAUAUUGAGUUGAAAUUUUCAAUAAAUGAUAAGUUAGAUAAAUUGAUUAAUAAGCUGGUGGGAGGCUUCGGCCGUGGCUAGUUACCAACCCUACCGGCAAAGACGUACCGCCAAGCGAAUUAGCGUUCCAUUACGAAGUCGUGUAGAAACCGAUAGGGUGUGGAUUUUCAUCCUCCUCCUAACAAGUUAGCCCGCUUCCAUCUUAGAUAGCAUCAUCACUUACCAUCAGGUGAGGAUGUAGUCAAAAGCUAACUUGACUAAAAAAAACAUACAUACAGCCGAACGUAGAGCCUCCUCCAUUUUGGAAGUCGGUCAAUAAAAUAGUGAUGCACCCAUGUCUUAAACGGGUGCAUCACUAUUGACGUUUUUUCACUAAUUUUGGGCUUCUUGGAAGAAAAAAACGCUUAAAAUAACCGAUGAUCCUAAGACAUAGACCAACCAAUGAUGCAGAACAGUGAAGACAGCUUUAGUGUUAAUUGAUUUUCAACUUUAUUUCAAAGGCACAACGUCGAUAUUAGUAUGACAGUAAAAACGCGCCUACGUGUUUGGCCCGUAAAGUAUGACUACAAGCCCAUGGAAAAAAUUAACCAACGCGAAUAAUGCUUAGAAGGCUGUUUACUAUACCAGAAAUUAACUCUGAGCACUAUGCCGUCAUUUCUGAGCGGUACAUUUCUAUAAUUAUUUAUUUAAACAAAUAUUAACUAUAAUUUUUGGGCGGCAUAAUUAUUUAAACAUUAUUGUGCUUGUUUGAUUGAUAGAACGCGCAAAUCUCAGGAACUAUUGGUCCGAUUUGAAAAAUUCUUUCAGUGUUAGAUAGCCCAUUUACCGAGGAAGGCUAUAGGCUAUAUGUUAUCCCCGUAUUCCUACGGGAACGGGAACCACGCGGGUGAAACCUCGCGGCGUCAGCUAGUCAUCUAUACACCUAUAUGAAAGCCGUACAUUAAUAAUAAUAAGUCUUAAUUCCUCAUUUACCUGUACCAGAGAUAUUUUAUUCACUCGCGUACUCACCUGUACCGCUCAGAAAUGACGGCACAGUGCUCAGAGUUAUUUUCUGAUAUAGUAACAGACUUCUAAGCGUAAUUUACGUUGGUUCAUUUCCCAAGUAAAUUUUUUCCAGGGGCUUGUAGUCUAGAUCAGUGAAGACAACAUUAGUUUUAAUUGAUUUUCAACUUUAUUUCAAAGGCACAAAGUCUAUAUUAAUUUGACAGUAAGAAACUCACCAACGCAAUUAGGCCUUAAAGGCUGAUAUUUUAGUUUUAGUUUAAGUGUAGUCCUAUGAAUGGAGGGUAGAUGUAAAGACAACCAUCUUGUAUGGGGGACACAUUGGCUGGUGGGAGGCUUCGGCUGUGGCUAGUUACCACUCUACCGACGUACCGCCAAGCGAUUUAGCGUUCCGGUGCGAUGUCGUGUAGAAACCGAAAGGGGGUGUGGAUUUCAUCCUCCUAACAAGUUAGCCCGCUUCCAUCUUAGAUUGCAUCACCACUUACUACCAGGUGAGAUUGUAGUCAAGGGCUAACUUGUAGAGAAUGAACCAAAAAUUUUUUAGUAAUUGGCUACUUAACAGUUUUCGUUCUUGUUGGCUUAUUUUAUAACUCUUACAAAAAUAGUGUUAUUUAACGGAAUAACUUUAAAUAGUUGAAAAAACUAAAAGACACGCUUCUAGCGCGCACUAAAAAUUACAAAUAUUGGAUUUAAGUCAUGUGACAUUUUUUUUCGUAUUCCUAACAGCAAACCCUUUCAUAUGAUAUCCACAUGGGAGUGGAUUAGGGAUUUAUAAGUAAUACGCGUAAUAUCACCAAUGAGAUAUCACUCGAACGCGUACCAUUACAUUACAUAUCACUCCGACGAAUCAAGCAUCACUCCGACGAAUCAAGCAUCACUCCGCCAAACAUUACUCGAAAUAACAUUACCCGAGACCGACCAAAGUGCUCGUAAUAAAUUCAAUACAUUGACGCGCCGAUACGAAAGCUUAGUUCAAAUCCAUAUACAAAGCGCGUAAUGUAUGUAAAAGGUGAUGUUUGCAAUGGUAUGGCAUGGCGCGCACAUUACAUUUGUUAUCCCGCUCGCACUUGCACUCUUGUUGCGCUUUGUGCUACUCACUCGGCCGCGCUAUGUAAUGUAGGUGAUGCGGGUAAUGUUUGGAGUGGUGUGAUAUCUCAGAGUGAUAUUACAUUUUCGUAAUAGUGAUGAGAUGUAGCAUUACUUUUUGAAGCAUUGUUUCGCGCACGUCUAGUGUGGAUUUCAAACAUCCAGUACGCCAUCUUGGAGAGGCCGUCAUAUUGGAUUUGUAAUGACGUUUUUUAGCUAGUCAUGUAUUCAUCAGAGCUCAGAGCGUGUGCAAAAUUUCAUCCUAAUCGAAGACCGGGAAAUGGGUCAAAAUAAGAUUCCAAGAUUUGAUUUUCUUACAUACAUAGUUACAAAUGAAGCUAAUUUAUGCGUGUUAAAAAUAAAAUUUAAAACUAUAAUAAAUAAAUAUGAAUAAUAAUUAAUAUUCCAAAAUUUAAAACUCGCUUAUGUGGCUCCGUUAUGUCAUAUGGAAUUUCGGAUAUUUCUAUACAAAGAUGGUAUUCCUUACCUCUACGCUUCAAAGUCCAAUGAAAAAUCGGUGUCUCCCUUCUGUAUUAUACCUACCAUAGACUAAUUUAUGUCUAUUAUUAUCUGUGGUCUAGAACGAUUGAUACUGCAAUUCAAAAUGGCGGCACAUUGUUGUUAACUUGUUAGUUCACAAUAAACUUUGCUUGAAUACAAUUUGAAAAAUAAAUAUUUUACGUUUUAAAAAACAGUAUAAAGAAUUAAUAAAAAAAAAGUAUUGUAUUUGUUGAAUAAAGAGUUUAAAAAAUAUACAUUUCCUUAAUGUAUUUUCAUUAGAAAAUGGUAUUUUUUUUAAUUGUUCAAGGUAUAAAUUAAAAUUUGGCUGACGCACUUCCGAGCGUCUCGAUGUGUACCCAACAUUUUUUUACGUGCCUACAAAAUCACCGCAAAAAGUGAUUCGAAUUUAGCUACUUCACACAGCGCGCACAUCCACAAUUUUGUGUUUAUUUACAUUAUAUAUUUAUUUACAUAUAGUUUUUACACUUCCUGAAUACACAACUCGACAUUGUAGACGAUAUUUAGGUAUUAUUUGUGUAAAUAACGUUCGUUGUUGACCACAACUAAAACUGAGAUGUGGAAAUUUCCUCUUUUGAGCACCUCAUUUUUCAUGACCUAGUAACACAUCUCACAGUAUUUAACAUAAUUGGUUUCAAUAGUUUCAUUGUUUACUAUGAUACUAAAUUAAAUUAAGACAAUUAGCCACUUUUGUUCGCCUCAGUUUCGACGCUUUAGUUACAUAUCUAAUAGUACAAAAUCUUUGGUUUUGGUUUGUGGCAUUAUUUUGUAUUUCUUUUUACAUUUUGAAUGACAUAUUGUAUUGUAUGUAAUCUGUGGUUUCCGAAGCUGGUGUCAUAGUUAUAAUUUUUAUUUAUAUUGCUAAUAUGAUAUUAUGAUUGUGUACUAUGAUGUUGUUUGUAAGCCCUCAAUAAAAUAAUAAAAAAAAAAACAUAUGUCUGGCAACCCCUUUGAAUUUCGAAUGACCGUGACGAUAAUCUGACGCCAUUUUGGAUUGCACUCUGCGUUUAUCUGUCUGAAUAUCCUAGAAUGUGUUAGAUUAUGACGUGUUUAGAUUAGUUGUACCUACUGUACCAAAGGAUUGAAGUACUCAAUAAAUUAUUUUAAACUGU